AUGUCGGCAGACGGCCUUUUCCCUGCUUUCGUGGUGGCGGAAUUCGACGGAUCCGAGGGUCCUACGGAGGCGCCGUCUACGGCGUCCUCUGACAGCGAGGACAUCGCCGAUUUCGUGGUGCGUUGGGAGCGACGACGCGGAAGUCUCGCGUCGCAGCAGAAGCGCAAUCGAGCUCCGCCGAAGCGCCUGCGUUGCAUUCCCGUGUUCGAGGACGUGGAUCCGAAGAGGAAACGCAUUGAGUCGCGCGUCCGCAGCGACGAGGAGGUUGCGCCCAUUCGAGGCGGUGGGCCUGCGCGCUUCAUCAGCUACCCGAGUAUCGCCGACACCGACGACGAGGCGGACGUAGAAAUGGAGGAAAGCCCCCGAGGCGUGAAGGGCGGCAAGAAGUUCGAAAGUCGCAAGACCGCGGUGCCUUGCUGCGACAUGGCGCCAGUCGAUGAAUGUGCGGCGCGGAUUGCGCUCCGUUGCAGCUGCGGACCUGCAUCGAACCUGGUGCAUGGGUCAGAGUGUCCCGUUUGCGCCUACUUAGACCUCUCAGAUGUGCCUAUGCUCGUCUGA